UGUGUGUGUGUGUGUGUGUGUGUGUUUCAGGGACCAUUGCAAUUUAGAGAUGUGGCCAUAGAAUUCUCUCUGGAGGAGUGGCAUUGCCUGGACACUGCACAGCGGAAUCUAUACAGGGAUGUGAUGUUAGAGAACUACAGAAACUUGGUCUUCCUUGGUAUUGUUGUCUCUAAGCCAGACCUGAUCACCUGUCUGGAGCAAGGAAAAAAACCUUUAACAAUGAAGAGACAUGAGAUGAUUGCCAACCCCCCAGUUAUGUGUUCUCAUUUUGAGGAAGACCUUUGGCCAGAGCAGAGCAUAAAAGAUUCUUUCCAAAAAGUGACACUGAGAAGAUAUGAAAAAUGUGGACACGACAAUUUAGAGUUAAAAAAAGGCUGUGAAAGCGUGGAUGAGUGUAAGGUGCGCAAAGGAGGUUAUAAUGGACUUAACCGAUGUUUCACAAGUACCCAGAGCAAAAUAUUUCCAUGUGAUAAAUAUGUGAAAUUCUUUCAUCAAUUUUCAAAUACAAAGAGACAUAAGAGAAGACAUACAGAAAAAAAACCUUUGAAGUGUAUAGAAUGUGGCAAAGCUUUUAACCAGUCCUUAACCCUUACUACACAUAAGAAAAUUCAUACUGGAGAGAAACCCUACAAAUGUGAAGAAUGUGGCAAAGCAUUUAAGUGCACCUCUCACCUUGCUACACGUAAGAUAAUUCAUACUGGAGAGAAACCCUACAAAUGUAAAGAAUGUGGCAAAGCUUUUAACCAUCCUGCAACCCUUUUUUCACAUAAGAAAAUUCAUUCUGGAGAGAAACCAUACAAGUGUGAUAAAUGUGGCAAAGCCUUUACUUUAUCCUCAACCUUUAGUAAACAUGAGAUAAUUCAUAUGGGAGAGAAACCCUACAAAUGUGAGGAAUGUGGCAAAGGUUUUAACCAGUCCCCAACCCUUACUACACAUAAGAAAAUUCAUACUGGAGGGAAACCCCACAAAUGUGAAGAAUCUGGCAAAGCUUCCAAGUGGUCUUCAUGCCUUACUAGACAUAAGGUAAUUCAUACUAGAGAGAAACCCUACAGAUGUGAAGAAUGUGGCAAUACCUUUAAGUACCCCUAUGCCCUUACUACACAUAAGGUAAUUCAUACUGGAGAGCAACCCUGUAAAUGUGAAGAAUGUGACAAAGCUUUUAACCUAUCCUCACAGCUUGCUAUACAUAAGAUAAUUCAUACUGGAGAGAAACCCUACAGAUGUAGAGAAUGUGGCAAAGCUUUUAACCAUCCCGCAACCCUUUGUUCACAUAAGAAACUUCAUACUGGAGAGAAACCAUACAAGUGUGAUAAAUGUAGCAAAGCCUUUAUUUCAUCCUCAACCCUUACUAAACACGAGAUGAUUCAUUCAGGAGAGAAACCCUACAAAUGUAAAGAAUGUGGCAAAGCCUUCAACAGUUCCUCACACCUUAAUAUACGUAAGAUAAUUCAUACUGGAGAGAAACCCUACAAAUGUGAUGAAUGUGGCAAAACCUUUACGUGGUCCUCAAGCCUGUAUAAACAUAGGAGAACUCAUACUGGAGAGAAACCUUACAAAUGUGAAGAACACGGCAAAGCCUUUACCAUAUCCUCAACUCUAACUGAACAUAAGACUAUUCAUACUGGAGAGAAAUCUUACAAAUGUAAAGAAUGUGGCAAAACUUUUAAUUGGUCCUCAGACCUUAAUAAACAUAAGAGAAUUCAUAUUGAACAGAAACCAAGAAUGUGA